CUGACACAUUUAGCAACAGCCGGCUUCCCUACGUCACUUCCUCUUCCUUGUCCUUGCCAGCAGCCUCACCGUUCGGGACAAACACAUGGCUAAACUAAGCAAAGAGACCAAACAGCGGCUGCAGCAGCUGUUCCAGUGCAGCCAGUUCGUUAUCCGAUGGGGCUUCAUCCCGACCGUGCUGUACCUCGGUUUCAAACGAGGAGCAGAUCCAGGAAUGCCUGAACCCACGGUCCUGAGCUUGCUCUGGGGCUGAGGAUCGUCUCCCCACGGCCACCAGACGCUGUGACCCUCCGUCAGAAGAUGGAAGUUAUUCCUCACCUUCCUCUCAUACAUCGUACUGUCCAGUGUGUGAGAGUGAGGCAUGAAUGUUCUCUGCAGCUGUAGUGUUCGUGGCCAUGUGCACAGUACAUGUACGGAGAGUGUCAGCUACAUUUUGGAUUAACAAGGAACAUGAACACUGAAACAUGUUCUGGUCCGUCUGCAGUGUGGCCGUCUGCUGGAAUGUUGGUUUCAACAUUCAUUCUGUCUUUUCUCUUUUUAUUUGUAAUUUAAGAUAUCUGGAAAUAAAUCCACACUGAAAUGUC